UCCGGGAAAGGGAAUCUCAAUUUCUUUUGUCCAACUACUUAUAUUAUAAACAUAGAACUUGUCAACAGAGAGGUGUUUCAUUCCACUGUAGAUCUAAUCAUGGAGACUACUACGUCGCCUCUGCUCCCCGGUGAUCACAGCCGAUGCGGGUGGCUCCGCCGUCGUCUCCGCCUCAAAAACCCUCUUUCUUCUGAACUCUCCGGUGCUGUCGGUGAUCUGGGUACCUUCAUACCCAUCGUCCUAACACUAACUCUAGUCUCCAAUCUCGAUCUCUCAGCCACUCUCAUCUUCACUGGAUUCUACAACAUCGCCACCGGUCUCCUCUUCGAUAUCCCUAUGCCCGUACAGCCCAUGAAAUCCAUCGCCGCCGUCGCCGUUUCCGAAUCCCCUCACCUCACUCCUUCUCAGAUCGCCGCCGCCGGAGCAUCCACUGCUGCCACGCUUCUCCUUCUCGGCGCCACAGGGGCCAUGUCUUUCCUCUACAACCUCAUCCCUCUCCCAGUCGUACGCGGCGUCCAGCUUUCUCAGGGUCUUCAGUUCGCCUUCACGGCCAUCAAAUACGUCAGGUUUAACUACGACACUGCUACUCUCAAGCCUUCUUCUUCUCCACGUACUUGGCUAGGCCUUGACGGCCUUAUCGUGGCUCUAGCUGCUCUGCUCUUCAUCAUUUUGUCCACAGGCUCUGGCAACGACGACAGAGACACCGAAGAAGAAGAAGACGCAGCAGAGACUUCUAUCAACGACAGCCGGAGGAGACUGCGGCUUCUGUCUUCGAUUCCAUCAGCGCUCAUCGUGUUCGUAAUCGGGUUGGUGCUCUGUUUCAUACGUGAUCCUUCCAUUUUCAAAGACCUUAAAUUCGGUCCCUCCAAGUUCCAUAUUUUAAAAAUAACUUGGGAAGAUUGGAAAAUCGGGUUUGUAAGAGCGGCCAUCCCUCAGAUUCCACUGUCUGUUCUGAACUCAGUGAUCGCCGUUUGCAAAUUAUCCAAUGACUUGUUUGACAAGGAACUCUCUGCGACGACAGUCUCUGUAAGCGUUGGGGUGAUGAAUUUAAUCGGCUGCUGGUUCGGCGCUAUGCCUGUUUGUCACGGAGCUGGCGGGCUAGCCGGGCAGUACCGGUUCGGCGCAAGGAGUGGGUUGUCAGUUAUAUUUCUUGGGAUCGGGAAACUUGUUGUGGGUCUUGUGUUCGGAAACUCGUUUGUAAGGAUUCUGAGCCAGUUUCCGAUCGGCAUUCUUGGGGUGCUGUUGUUAUUCGCGGGGAUUGAACUGGCAAUGGCAUCCAAGGACAUGAACACCAAAGAAGAAUCAUUCAUUAUGCUUGUUUGCGCUGCCGUAUCCAUGACCGGCUCGAGUGCCGCCUUAGGGUUUGGGUGUGGACUUGGUCUUUAUUUGUUACUGAAGCUAAGAACGUUGGACUGUUCAUCGGUCACUCUGUUUUCACGGUCAAGUGAUGGAUCCCAGGUCGAUUCUGGAGGGACUCCUCGUUUGGUCUAAACUUUGAAUUGCUACUUAUUUGGAAACGGGGAUGUAGUGACCUCGAUUGCGUCUUCUGUCUUUGAUUUCAUCUUCUCGCUUCACUAUUUGUGAUGAGAGGUUGUGUAGUGGGAAAGUUUUGUCAUGUAAGGAGUGUGGAUAGAUAUAUCAUCCUCAUUGUAUUGAAAUUUUCAGGGAGAAACUCAUUCAUCCUAGUCAUUCUGAGCACAAGCUUGAACUGAAGUUGCAGGUUGGAUCUAAGUGCAUUGCCUGCAAAACUGAAUAUUACAAAGUCAGCUUCCAUAUCAAAUGCAGAGAAGCAGUCGAUGAUGCAUCAGGGAAGAACAAUGUUUGACCUUCACAAGUAUACUUUCAAGUUUCUGUAACUUUUGGAUGUUUGCUUUAUGUUCACCUUUAAUUUCAAGUCAACUGUCUUUAGUUAGAAACAAACCUUGUCUAUAUGUCUCACAUGUGUCAUUUUUCCUUGCAUUCUAAUUUAACAUUACAAAAUUAUUUUCUUUGUGA